GCGCUGACGUCACCGGCGUGUUGAUUUGCUAAGCGGCGAGCAGAGAGGAGUUAGUGCGCGUGAGAGAGAGCGGGUACUGUGAACAGCGUUACUAUGCUACAGUCCUAAUAACCGCACGCUCGGAAGCCAAACGCGCAACACAGAUUGACCUUAUCUUGUUUACAAAGAUAACUGAACAGACUGCUGCGUGGAAAGAAAUACUCAUGAGUUGGCCGUGUGGAUUUCAGAGACGUUAUGGAUUUGACUAAAAUGGGAAUGAUCCAGCUCCAGAACCCCAAUCACCCCAAUGCCCUGCUGCACAAGGCUAAUCAGAUGCGCCUGGCUGGCACGCUGUGCGACGUGGUCAUCAUGGUGGACAGCCAGGAGUUCCACGCUCACCGCACCGUGCUGGCCUGCACCAGUAAGAUGUUCGAAAUCCUCUUUCACCGGAACAGCCAACAUUACACUCUUGACUUUCUCUCACCAAAGACCUUCCAGCAGAUUCUGGAGUAUGCCUACACUGCCACGCUCCAAGCUAAAGUAGAGGAUCUGGAUGAUCUGCUGUACGCAGCAGAGAUCUUAGAAAUAGAGUACUUGGAGGAGCAAUGCCUGAAGAUUCUGGAGACCAUCCAGUCCUCGGAUGAAAAUGACACUGAGGUUAACAUGAACGAUGGUGGCACAGAAGAUGACGAGGAGCGGAAGGGACGGCACGGAAGGAACCUGGUCGGUUCGAAAAAGCAUUCCACAGAAGAGAGCGGCUACGUGUCAGCUGCCCAGCAAGCACUUGCGCUGCCAGGUAUGGUGGAUCAGAGUCCCUCAGUAUCCACUUCCUUCGGCCUCUCCACCAUGAGCCCAACCAAAGCAGCCGUGGACAGCCUAAUGAGCAUUGGUCAGUCCCUCCUGCAGAGCACCAUGCACCCUGGCGUGGGUGCUGAACAGCCCUUGCAUGGCAACUCGCACCCCAUGAUGGGAGAAAUCAAAACGGAGAUGAUGCAAGUAGAUGAGAGCGGAGAACAUGAGAGCCCUAAAGCCAUGGAGUCAAUCGCCUCCAGCAAUGGUGAGCGCAGCGGAGAGCCAGACAAGAACCGUGAUGGGCCGGGUACCCCUACCAGGAGCAGCGUGAUCACCAGUGCCCGCGAGCUGCACUACGUCAGGGAUGAAGGUCUGGGUGAUCAGCAGGCCGAGGUCAGCCAAAUGGGGCUGGAGGCCAUGGCGGGAAUGACUGAAAAACAUUUGGCGUCACUCUACGGCAUUCCUUCUAAUCACAAAAAUGAAGCGAUGCUCUCGAUGCCUGCCUCCAUGGCCUCAUCCUUGCACAUGUCCCCAGCCCUGGCCAUGUCAAUGGACUUCAGUGCCUAUGGGGGCUUGCUGCCUCAGAGCUUCAUCCAGAGGGAGUUCUUCAGCAAGCUCGGCGAGUUAGCUGCAGGGAUGAAGCCUGAUGGCCGGAGCCUGAACGAGCGCUGCAACGUGUGUGGAGCUGAACUGCCUGACAAUGAGGCCAUAGAGCAACACAGGAAGCUACACAGUGGAAUGAAGACCUACGGAUGCGAGCUAUGUGGCAAACGCUUCCUAGACAGUCUGCGCCUAAGGAUGCACUUGCUGUCUCACUCAGCUGGUGAGAAAGCCAUCGUCUGUGACCAGUGUGGAGCUCAGUUCCAGAAAGAAGAUGCUCUGGAGGCCCACCGGCAGAUCCACACAGGAUCAGAUAUGGCUAUCUUCUGUUUGCUGUGCGGAAAACGCUUUCAGACGCAGACGGCUCUGCAGCAGCACAUGGAGGUUCACGCAGGCGUGCGCAGCUACAUCUGCAGCGAGUGCAACCGCACAUUUCCCAGCCACACCGCACUCAAGCGCCAUCUCCGUUCGCAUACAGGUGACCAUCCGUUCGAGUGCGAGUUCUGCGGCAGCUGCUUCAGAGACGAGAGCACGCUGAAGGGACACAAGCGCAUCCACACCGGAGAGAAGCCCUAUGAAUGUAAUGGCUGCGGCAAGAAGUUCAGCCUCAAACACCAGCUAGAGACCCACUACCGUGUUCAUACAGGUGAGAAGCCGUUUGAGUGCAAGCUCUGCCACCAGCGCUCCAGGGACUACUCGGCCAUGAUCAAACACCUGCGCACCCACAACGGAGCCUCACCGUACCAGUGCACCAUCUGCCUGGAGUACUGCCCCAGCCUCUCCGCCAUGCAGAAGCACAUGAAGGGCCACAAGCCUGAAGACAUCCCGCCCGACUGGAGGAUAGAGAAGACUUACCUCUACCUCUGCUACGUCUGAAGCGGCAGGUGGGCGAGCCAGCCAGGGGGAGGGACGGGAGCGGGAGGGCCAAUGGGUAAAAGCGCCUGGAAACACAGUCAGGAAAUGGACGGAUUUAUCAGAAGGAGGCAAGGUGGAACGGGAACGGACAGGAACUAACAAAAAAAAUAAAGCAGAAAUCUUACCCGUCAGUAUCGCAAAAACUGCAUCACAUUAUAAUCAUUUUUGUUGGGAUCAUAUGGGAAGCUCACUGUCUACACAACGGCUUGCAUCUUAGAUGUUAGACAUCAUUCAAACAACACACACACUUCAUUGAUUUCUCCUUUUAGUAAGGACGCCCUCUUCUGGUUCACGAUAGAGAUGCAGAGUUUGUUUAUCUCUGACUGAUCGGCUUGAUCGCAGCACUUAGAUCCGUCAGGUACUUCACAGCAAGCAAACUGGGACUACAGAAAAAAAGCAGCAGUCGGCGUGUAGAUACCUCCCAUAUGAUUCACUUUCAUUAAGGGCUUAUUGGUUUAACCAGCAUACAAAUCAGCUAAGCUCUCAGUACUCAUGUCAUUUUUCACGUUUUAUUUUUGUUAAGCUCUCGACUUAAUAGCGCGCAUUACAAGCUGACUUCACGACAACAGUUUUUGUUGGAUAACACGCACACUGUAUCAGUUAUCUCCUCCUUUGCUUCGAAAAUCAGUUAACCGUCUGAAACGAGUAACUUGGCAAUACAUCCAGAACAUCCAUUACACACUAGACAUCUAAUUAACUGUUUAUGCUGUUGUUAUAGAGACCAAAAUGAUGACUGAAGCUGCUUUUGUUGGGUGGCUUGUAGACUGAGUGCCACUGUGACGAACAUAUCCGUGUGUUCAUGAGGCUCGGCCUGUCCAGCCGGGGACGCCGGGGUUUGAAAGAACAGAGCAGAUCCACUCUUUCGGUUUGGUUCCUUUUGCUUUGUCUGUGUUUCCUAUUAUACCUUGAUUUACUUCAGCACAUCGUACUUGAAUUACCUCGUUUCGUGUUUUUGUUUUUUGUUGUGACCUCAUGUGCUAGUGUUUUACUUUUUCCUUUUGUAUAUUUGAUUGUCUGCCGUGCGUAUGUCUUUGGAGAAGUGGCGAGUGCUUUUAAGUACUUAAGAAAUUAAGUGCCAUGGUGAAGAGAGAUUAUUUGUCUUGUUUUCGUUUGAUUUUUGUUUCUUUCUUUGCAUUAAUCUUACCAAAUUUGGUAUUAUUGUUUAUACUAACCCUGCUUGUUAAAGAGCUGGUGGGUUUGGUCAUUUUUGUAAGCUACCUCUAAGUUUUGUUGUGUUUCGUUUGCAAAAGCACAUUGUGUUUUGCAUUAUUGCAACUUCAUCUCACGCUUUCAAGUGUUGUAUGUGGGAAGCGAUGAACAUGAAAGGGUAAGAUUUGCUUAUAGGAAAGGUGGGUUAAAAAAUAAUAAUCAUAACUUUCCAUGUCAGUCCCCCCACCCCUGUAAAUGUUACCUUAAGAUCAGAAAAGAGAUUUCUGAAGCCUUAAGUUCGGGGUUGGAGUUGAUCUGGGAGGUGCGUAUGGAACAAGUGAAGUCUGAAAAAUAAAAGAAUAAAAAACAACAACGUUAAACUUGAAAAUAUGUGAAUAGAAUUGUAGUUUUGUAAUGUGAAAAAAAGAGGUUCGCCUAGCGCGAGCCAACGAGAACAGGUCAUAUGCAGCAGUGCAUUGUGCGUUGGACAAUUGGGACUGCAAGUGGUAAUCAAAGACGAAAGGAAGAUUAAAAAAAAAAAAUGAAAAUAAAAUACUGUCAGUUGACAUGUUUCUUUGUAUGAGUGUAGUCCUGAGCAAGAGCCAACAGAGGCCAUUUGAUAUAUAAAAUUGUGAUAUUUUUGUAUUAAGUGUCAGUCCCUUUUUUCCAUUUGUUGAGGUUGCAGCGGGGCAAAACUUUGUAGUUCAUUUUUUAUAUCAUUAUUCUCUCGUUUGAAUCGUUUGCCUUGCUCCUCUUCGGUAAUAAUGUUGGACAGUGCGUGAUCCUAUAGUGGUAAAUGUUGCUUUCUGGAUGUCAAUACAUUGCAGGUGAAGGACUAAAUCAGCCACAUUCUCCUUUGUGAAAAUAACAAAUGAAAAAAAAAACAAGUGAUGCCAAUGAUCGAUUCCAUUGCACACGAUAUCUCAGACAAAACAAUCAUCGUUGCCAACGUUUUGUUUUUAUUUUUACUUGAAGUGACUAAAAGAAGGGAUGGGAGGACGCGUCAAAGGAAAUGUGAUUGUCGUGUGUCUUGCCGUUGUUUUCUGGAAAACACUGUGAGUUUUUGGGCAUCCUUUGCCUCCUGUGAGAAUUGAAAAACUAGUAGCUCCAUGAAAAAAGGCAGAAAUAUUAUAUAUUUUGUUCUGUAAAUGGAUAAUGUCGACUGAUGUUAAAUGGGUAAAACAGAGUUUUGCAAUAUGUGGCAACAAUACGAGAUAUUAAGUCACAUGCUAGUGUAACUUUGAUUUUGUACUUUGUUUUGAGAGUGUGUGUGUGUGUGAGACCGAAUGAGUGCGUGUGUGUGUGUAUGUGUGUGCGCGAGCACAUUAGUGUCAAAUGCACUAAUCUGAAAGUCGUUCUAUGCCACUUUUUCUCUCACCGUGAUUAAAAAAUAUUGGCAUUGAUAUAGUUCUUCCCUCAAUGUUCUUCUGAUGUUUCUGUAAUAUCUUUGUGCCUAAAUGAAAUUGUUCAACAAAUUGUCCAAAUAUAUCUGCUUAGUUUCUGUAUUUUCAAGAAAAUUAUUGGUGUCUUCAGGGCUCCAGGGGUGCCAUGAUGAUCUCAAGUCAACUUACUUUGUUUUGAGUAAUAAAUGUUUGAUCCAUUUUCAGUGGCUCCACUGGCCAGCGAUCAAAUGCAGCAGUAUUGUAGUGUUUUAUACACGCUUUGAAAAGACAAGCCAAACAUUCCUUGGAUCGGAAUAUGUGCGUUUUUCACAAUGAAUUGUAAUCCUGCUUUGAGGGGAAAAAAAACUUAAUGUUUGAGAAUCAAACUUACUUUCGUUUCCUUUUUAUUUCUCCUAUAUCUUCAGCAACAGGUUUGCUGAUUAAACCUUUCAACAACGUCUCUUUACCAUUCGGAUUGUUGAUGCCUUUGUUGUUUAAAGUACUUACGUUAAAGAAAGCUGUCAUCAUUGCAUCCCUGGAGUGGCUCACUGUGUUCCAGUGUGGUGUUUAGAAAGAGUAGCCAUUUCAUGCUGUGUUGCCAUGCAUGUGCCAUUGAGGUCAAAACUAAACUGUUUCAGUAACAAAGCACCAAGACGUUGUCUUUUUUUUUAUAUAUUAGCACUGAGGACCAAUUGCCCUGUCGGACCAAGCAUAACUAAGCUUUUUAUGUAACAAAGCGGUUUCUCGUCCCCCUCUCUCUUUCUGUACUGUAUCCUCGUCUCCUUUCCUUGGCUUGUCUGUAUUUUUCCCUCUUGUGACAGCACAAGUGCCAGUCCUGUUGCUCUUUGAGAAUAUAGUGUUUUGUUUCUGGGGUUUUUAUUUUUGUUUGUUCUAUUAUUAUUAUUUGAAUUGUUGUAGUUACGUCUACCUCAGCACCUAAUCUUAGCCUAAUCUUAGAAGGUGCCCAAUUUUUUUUCUGUUUUGUUUGUUGUCAAUUGUAUAAAAAAAAAUUUAAUUUGCAUUAGAGCUUUGCAACGGUCCUUUGUCUUUUCCAGCAACAUGCUAUUUUUUGUAGCACCACUUUCUGGAUGUCGUGCUACAGAUAUUGGCAUCAGUUUCCUGAUGUAGUCUUUCUUUUGGUGUAGGAUCAGACACAUCUCUUUGUAACAUUUCAGUGUUCUCUGAUGGAGUGUGAAAAAAUAAAGAAUUUAAAGAGAUUGAAUGCUGCAGGUUUUCUUCUCAGUGUUGUCACCAAGUAAAUUUUGUGCCUUUAAUAGUGAAAGAUAUUUUUUACAUCCUACUAACAGUAGAUUGUUUUUGUAGUGUUUUUUUUUAUUUUGUAUUUUUUUUUAUUUAUGAGUCUCAAGAUAACAAUGUUCAGUUGUAUUCCUUAAAUCUGCAGUUAGAAAAAAAUAAAAAAAUGGACUUAA